GACUCGAAACCCAUCCAGAAGUCCCAGAGUCCCGGACGGAAGUAAAGCAAAAGUGGACGCAUCCAAAGGAAGCCGUAGUACACUCGCUGUGUGGUGGUUCGUAAGUUUGCUCAAGUUGAGCGUUUAGGAACGCGAUCCGUUUCCAAGCCAUCGUCCUACCGGGAUCGUCGGUUUGUCGGGUCUUUACCGUUGUGGUUUUAGUUUAGUGAGUUUGCAAAAAAAAAAAACAAAAGAGAAAUAAACGCUUAGUUUGCCGAUUUGCUGUUGCUGCCUGUGCCUGUGUCUCGAUACGCGACUCGACUGUAGCGUCAGUUGCGCGCCAUCCUCUACACAGCGACGUUUCGAUUGAAAACACAACAGGAAUGAAGUAUCUUCUGCUCCUUCUUGCGCUAGCAGCCCUUGCGGGGGUCCAAGCCAAUCGUUUCCGUGAAGAAUUUCCUGGGCCGUACUGUGCGGCGCGAAAUUAUGAUGCCUGCUGUCGCAAUCGUCAGGAUGGUUGCGCACAACCAAUAUCCACAACGCUCUGCUAUUGCGAUGAGUUCUGCCAACGAGGUGAACAUGGAGAUUGUUGCCCGGAUUACGAGGAAGUGUGCUUAGGCAUCAUCGCUGAACCAGAAAAUGCCACAUCGUGCGUACACAAGAACCAUUACUUCACACCGUACAGCGCGACCGUAGUGGACAACUGCAACACUUGUAAAUGCAACUACGACGGCACUGUCACGUGUACGGAAGAUGUGUGCUUGGUAGAUGAAGAUCUGCUUCGCCAGUUGAACCAUCUGGAGCGAUCCGUCGGAUGGAAGGCAACCAACUAUAGCGAAUGGUGGGGACGCACGUACGACGAUGGUAAGGUGCUUCGUCUUGGCACAAUGGAACCCAAUUUUCGUGUAAAGUCAAUGAAGCAGCUCAGCAACAAAGGCGGCUCGUUGCCGAAGCAUUUCGACGCAAGUGAGCACUGGACUGGACUGGUGACAGAAGCUCGUGAUCAAGGUUGGUGCGGUUCCUCCUGGGCAUUCUCCACGGCGAUGAUGGCGUCCGAUCGUUUCGCUAUCCUCUCGAAGGGACGGGAAAUGGUUCAACUUGCUCCACAGCAGAUGCUCGCUUGUGUGCGCCGCCAGCUUGGUUGUAAGGGAGGCCACUUGGACACGGCUUGGCAAUACUUGCGUAAAGUUGGUGUCGUCAAUGAAGAAUGCUAUCCUUAUGUUGCGGCACAAAACGUGUGCAAAAUCCGGUCCAGCGAUACACUGAUCACGGCCAACUGUGAACUGCCGGUUAAGGUGAAUCGAACUGACAUGUACCGAAUGGGACCGGCAUUUAGUCUGAAAAACGAAACUGACAUCAUGUCUGAAAUUAAGGAUCGUGGAACGGUGCAGGCCAUCAUGCGAGUGUAUCGUGAUUUCUUCUCCUAUCGAAGUGGAAUUUACCGUCACUCGGCAGCGGCCACUCCUGCUAACGAGCGUUCCGCUUAUCAUUCGGUGCGUCUGAUCGGCUGGGGAGAGGAACGAGUUGGCUACGAGGUCGUGAAAUAUUGGAUUGCUAUCAACUCCUGGGGCCAAUGGUGGGGUGAGAAUGGACGUUUCCGCAUUCUACGUGGAUCGAACGAGUGUGGAAUUGAGAACUACGUUCUGAGCUCCAACCCGUACGUGCACGAACAUGUGCAGGCAAUACGCAAAGUGGGCGAUCUGCAGGAAUUCUUCGUCGGAACGGGUUACGUGCCACACCCCAGUCGCCGGUACCCGCCAUACGGACGUGGCUAAAGCGAUCCUCCGGGAGUAGCUUUCCCGUAACUGCUGGCAGCGUAACGUCUCUCGUGAUCAUUGAUGCGUGUAUUUCGUCCUGCUCUCGAUGCAAACACUUAGCACAAACUUCUUCAUUUUCCAUAUCUAGCUGUGAAGAUAUGCACAGUAUUAAAGGCAGAAAGAGCAUGCGAGUCGUCGUUCCGGUCACGAAGCCAUACAGAAACAAGAGAUCGAAAUUACAAUUAGCGCAACGCGUAUCGGUCAUCGAGCGUGUGCGACAAUUUUACUUUUACUGAAACUUCGACAAAAUUAGUCCAUUUAGUUUAGUCCAACGAAAAGCCAAAGCGCUACUAUGAUGAAGCAAGAGGUGGAAGGAGCGAGUUAUUCGAAAAACCGGAAUGGCCGCAAGUAUCGGUUGCCAUAAAAAGCUGCCAUUGCUCUGAAGCAAUCAAUUUGUAACAUUAACCAAAACUGCUUUUGAUGGUGUUCAUAGCGUGCACAAACAUUGUUGUAUCGCUUAAUGAAAUCUUCCUUGUUCUCAGUAUCGCGCGCGUGCUGCGUCGUGUAGCGUCCGUUUCUAUCCCGGUUUUGGAACAAGUUGUACAUGUUAGGAGAUAGCGAAAACGAAAGCAUACAUAUUUUUGUUUUAUUCUGUAAGUUCAAGAUUGGUUUAAAAAAAGAAAUAGCGUAAGGUACACAGAUUGAAUGUAUGAUACUGUACAGUUGUUUCCUUUCGAACAAAUAUUUCUAUCGAAACGAAGUUCACCAGCCCUCCGGGGAAGAGUAUCCCCUUCGUAGUUUUUCGGAUUGUCGUUUUUACAACCGGUAGCAAGUCGACCAAACUUUAUGAAUCAAACAAAUUUUCACCCAAGAAUCUAACACAACCGCGUUUUGGAUCAUUGUUGCUGUUUUCAUUCGUAAGGAAUUUGUGUGUGUAUUGUUUAAGUUUUCUCAUGUUUAAUGGUAUCGAAAUUGUGUAAACGAAAUACAUGUGAAGAUGCUGUUUCUAUAAUAAAGUAAUUAAACUAAC